UCUUCCUGGCAAGCAAACUGGGCCUUGAAAAUCAUUAUUUUAGAGAUCCAAUACAAACUUCACGACGACGUAGUCUGAAGAGCCCCGCAGUAUAGUUUGUGCUCUUCUUCCUGGUUUGAGAUUCAUGGGUCCAAAACCAGGUCACCCAAGUCGAGGCUCUGCAGCUUAAACUCCCGCUUUCGUUCUAAUAUUAUUUCUAUCUCCUUCUGCUCCAUCAAUACAGCCGCAAACACCAUCGGUCUUUUCAAGCAAAAUCAUAUACACACGAGACCAAAUGCCUUCACUGCGGCAUUUUCACAAACACCAUACAUUCUUAUAGCUGCCAUUGCUUCGCUUUAUUCCAACAAUAUGUUUGUGAGAAGAUACUGGUCAGUUGGGUCGUGGUCAAAGGAUCAGAAGCGGUUUAUGACCACCAGUAAGCGGGUGCAAGACAGAAGCAAAUUGAAGAGGAUUCAUGAUCUUGAGAUUGUCACUGAGAAAUGGAAGAUAGCAUCCAAAGUGCUCUUCUUAAUGGAAAUUCUUAAAAAAGAGCCUGAAAUGAUCAUUCCCGUUAGGUCAUUGGAUCAGUACCGCAGCCAGAUUAGUCUCCCAAAACCUAAUCGAGUGUCUGAUUUUAUUCGGAAAUCGCCGAAAUUGUUUGAACUGUACAAGGAUCACAGAAGGGUUUUAUGGUGUGGGAUGACCAAGAAAGCUGAGGACUUGGUAGAAGAGGAGGAUAGGAUACUUGAGGAACAUCAAGAUAAGGCUGCUGAGUAUGUCACUCGUUUUCUGAUGAUGUCUGUUGAUAAAAGGCUUGCUUUGGACAAGAUUGUCCAUUUUAGGAGGGACUUUGCUCUGCCAGUUGAUUUUAGGACUGGUUGGGUGCACAAAUAUCCCCAACACUUUAAGCUGGUUAAAGAUGAGGAGGGGCUUGAGUAUUUGGAACUUGUUAAUUGGAACCCUGCUUGGGCUAUAACAGAGUUGGAGAAGAAGACAAUGGGGAUCACUGAGGCCAGUGAGGAUCAUACGCCGGGCUUACUUUCGAUCUCUUUUCCUUUGAAGUUCCCUCCCAAUUACAAAAAGGCAUACAAGUACAGAGGAGCAAUUGAUCAUUUUCAAAAAAGGUCUUAUUUAUCUCCAUAUGCAGAUGCUAGGGGACUCAAAGCUGGGUCUAAAGAAUUUGACAAGAGGGCAGUGGCUAUCAUGCAUGAGCUGCUUAGCUUUACUGUUGAGAAGAGAUUGGUGACUGAUCACCUCACUCACUUUCGACGUGAACUCAUGAUGCCCCAAAAGCUUAUGAGACUUCUGCUGAAGCAUUUCGGCAUCUUCUAUGUUUCGGAGAGGGGGAAGAGAUUUAGUGUCUUCUUGAAAGAAGCUUAUGAAGGAUCAGAGCUGAUUGAGAAAAGCCCUCUGGUGCUAUGGAAGGAAAAAGUCCAGAGCCUUAUUGGUUAUAGAGGGAAGAAGAAGAUAGAAACUUUCAGUGAUAUGUCAGACAUGGAAGACAAUGGUUUCGAAGAGAGCCAAUCCGAAAAUGAGGACAUUGACUUGCAAAUUGAGCAAGAGGAGACAGAGGGUGACAUGGAGGAUGAUUCACUUGGAGAUAAUUCUGAAAUGGACAUUGAUGAGGUUUGCAGUGCAUAUGAGGAUAAUACCAAAAGAUGUUAAGGUCCUCAAAAUUUCAUAUUUGCAAACAGGUCUGUCUCUGUAUGUGCUAGAUUUCUAGUUGUAGAUCCUGGUUUUUCUGUUGUGUGAAAUGAUCAUAUCAUAAAUUUGGAAAUUGGAACCUGGAACAA